GGUCCAGCCAAACCAAAACAAGUCUUGCGGCUGCACCUCCUUCCUCGCCUCAUUUCUGUCUGUUUUCAUGUCAUAUUAACAUUUUUUUUAUCUGUUUACGGAAACAAGAUGGGGGACUAUUAUGAUGCAUCGUACGAAAUCCAGUGUCCAUCGUGCAGAUGCACAAAAUAUCGUAAUCCACAGAUGAAAUUAAUGGUCAAUGUAUGUGGCCACCCACUGUGUGAUUCAUGUGUUCAGAUGUACUUUAUAAAAGAAUCUGGUCAGUGUCCUGAAUGUGAUAUGGUACUUAAACGGUCGAAAUUUCGAGUCCAGUUAUUUGAAGAUCCAUUAGUAGAGAAAGAGAUUGAUAUACGCAGAAAGGUCAUUAAGAUAUAUAACAUGAAUGAAGAGGACUUCCCCACAGUAGAAGAGUGGAACAAGUACCUGGAAGAGAUAGAAGAAAUAGUUUACAACAUCACUAAUGACAUCAACCGUCCGGAGAUGGAGAAGAAAAUGGAAAACUAUGAGAAGAUGCAUAAGAAUGACAUUAGGAAGAACUAUAUUAAAAAGAGUCGAGAGCAGGAAGAGAUAGAUAGAUAUUUGGAUGCGGAGAUGAUAAGGAGCAUAGAGAGACAGAGAUUACAAAGAGAAGAAAUGGAGAAGUCAAAAUUAAGCCGUGAACGGCAGAAGACGUCUCUUAUAAAGGAUCUGAUGGCCUCUGAGGGAGAUGCUUCUCUCAUCGUUCAGUCUCAUGCCGAGCGCCUCAAGGAAGAACAACAGCGAGAAAACCAGAAGAAGAAAGAGCUAGAAAUAGCCAUGGCCCAGGCCAAUCUCAAAGAAUUCUCAUCAGGUGUUAAGAUUGGGUUUGCAGGGCUGGGCAGUGCCCCCGUUCAGGUCGUAGCGGAGAAACCAUACAAGUAUGAGCCUCCUAAGCUCUCAGCUUCCUUACCUGUGCCAACUUGGGAAGAACUGGAGAGUGGCGGGUAUUUGAAUCACGUGCGCAGGGCUUCUCCUCAGGCCAUUGCUGGUGGUUACACUGAACAUUAUGCAUGUCUCAGGGCUCUACAGGACUUCAUGUCAUCACACUUCUUAAGUUGAAGGCUUCAAUAAAGCAGGUUUUUGCUCUGUUCACCUCUAGUUCAAUGUGUAAUUUAAAACAUUUUAUAUUUUUAAGUAAUGCGAGUUGUGACAGUGUCCGUCCAGUGUCUUGUACCCUAGCACCUUCACCGAUACCACCUGUAUAGUGUGAAGAAACUUGUUCAUUUAUUCCUUCGUAAACUAAAGUUGAAGCUGGGUGCAAAAUAAUGACCUUUUAUGAAGUUUAAAUGCAAAUACUGACCAGUCAGUGUUUACUCAGUUUGAUGGUUUGUAAUGCUGCAUUUGCUUUUUUUCUGAUAGGUAUAUCUAAAUGCUUUUCACAUUUAAUUGUUUUGUCGGUGGUUUUCAUUGUCAUGCAAAAAAAAAAAAAUUAUGUGAUAUGAAGUUGCUUCAUUAGAAAAGCAUUUUGAGAAAUGAAUUCAGGUUACUUUUAUUUCUAAGAAUUAAGAGUACAAUAUUUACAAAGUAAAAUUGUGCUUGGUAUUUAUUUUAUUUAUUAUUUUUCUGUAAUUAUACAGAUGUGCAUUUAAGUUACUUUCCAGUGUUACCGGACUUCACACACCCAAAAAAAACAUUCUCAUGAAAUAAUUAUAUACUAGUUCAUUUUGCAUAUUCUCUGAGUAUCAGGUGAAUGUGAUGUAAAAUCUUCAUUCUGUGCUAACUAGAGUUGCAUAACUCUUGGUUCACCUAGUACUGCUGUUAACAGUGUUUACUCCUCACCUGGACUAGUUGUCAGUGGUGAACCCUCAGAUUACAUAAUACUGUAUUAAGCAGCCAAAAGUUGCAUAAUUCCUGAUACCAUGCAACCUUCGUUGACUAGUAGGCCCAUGCUAUACAUUUGCUUGUUUCUUGCCUGUGCUAGAAAUCCAGUGAGAAUUUAGUAUUAGUCUCAAUUUUUUCCCAGAUUGAUUUGACAUUUGUGAAGCCUCGUUUAUUCUUGUUACUCCUCGAGGGAGGUGCUUUGAUGCUGGUGAGCGGCUCUUGAUUCAAGGAACUGAUCUUGUCCUCCUAAGUGCCAGAUGACCCCCACAGUUUAGUGCUUUCCCCUGAUUAAAAUAGUAAAAAGCUAGGCUUGUUCACAGCCAUGGAUAUGGCUGAUUCUUAUUAUAUUUAGGGGAAGCACUAAAUUUAUAAAGGUCAUACAGAACCUGGAAAAAUGGGAGGCAAUUAGGCUCAAGGAUGGGAAGAACAGGUCCAGUUUCCAGCAUCAAGAGUCCCUCACUGGUAGUAAUGAUCCUUGAGGAUCAUGGAUAUUGAGCUUCCUAGGCUGAGUUACACUAUUAAGAAUUUGGUGUUUUAUGGCUCUGCUUAGGCUGUCUCCACUAUAAAUUUCUAUUGUCUCCCAUGCUUAGUAUUAUACCGCAGGGUUGUUUGGUAUACAAUGAAUGCAUAUAAUUUGCCACAGCCAUCUGCAUGAGAUACAUGGAGUAUGUGGUAAAUAUAGAGGUAUGUGCAAAAACAUUAUUGACUCCUGCAUAUGAAAUUCUUGUUUCUAAUUUUGAUUUAGUUAAUUUAGGUUUUGUUGUGUCUGCCCUUGGUUUUUAUUACUGUGCAACUGGCUGUCAUGUGUUAAUGUAUUUACAGGAAUUGGCAGACUUCCUUUGAAGUGGCACCACCAGGAGUCGAGUUAUAUUUGUUCAUGACUUUAGUGACCAUUGAGGAAUAUAUAAACUUAGGAUGGGUCAUCAUACUACAGUAAGCCCUCUUACUUUUUGAUUGCAUGGCCUUGGAAGAAAUUUCUGAACUUGUUACUCUAUUCCACCAACUUUCCAGUGUUUUGAUUUGUCUAAUGAAUUUAAAGUUAUUUGGCAAGUGUCAUGGCAUUUUUUUUUUAUGUGCUCAUUCCCCCCUAACUUUAGAACCUGGCUGUGUUACUGAGAAAGACAUUCUGGAAGCUUUUCACCACAAGUAAAGUGAAUAAAGCUACCUUACCUUGGCUUCAUAUAUCAAUCAAUUGACCUGCUAUAAAGACAAUAUAGAAAUAUAAAAACCAACAUGUGGUGAUCCAUCCUAGAUUUGUACACUCCUCAAUGAUCACCGAAGCCCUGAACAAAUGAAACUUGCCUUCUGGUGAAGAAGCAAAAUACUGAACCUCACUGAGUAUACAAGGGAGGUUUAUCAUACUCAGGAGUCUUGUAUGAUUAUGUAACUGCCUUUGUUUAUCAAGUACUGCAUAAAUCUUCCAGAAAUGGCCGUUAUACAUAACUUGUAACCAUUAUAGUACAUAAAUAUAUAUUUGUUUGCUUCUUGACUUCAUAUGCGAAGGUACCUAUUAAUUAUAUAGAUUUAGCAUUUAAAAUGAUAGUGUAAAAACAAUUGUAAAUCCUGCUAUGUUCUUUGACACAGUUUUAUAUUCCUAUAGUUAUUAUUCAUGGUUAUUUUUAUAUAGCCGGACUUGAGUCCUGGAAAUGGGAAGUACAAUGCCUGCACUCUAAAGAUGGAGUUCGGGGGGAUAUGUUGUGUAUCUUUAUACGUAUAUGCUUCUAAACUGUUGUGUUCUGAGCACCUCUGCAAAAACAGUGAUUAUGUGUGAGUGAAGUGAAAGUGUUGAAUGAUGAUGAAAGUAUUUUUUUUUUGGGUCACCCUGCCUUGGUGGGAGAUGGCCGACUUGUUAAAAAAAAAAAAAUGAUUCAUGGUGAAGUGCUAAGCUUUUAAGGGGUCAUAAGAUGCUGUAGAGUGGGAGAUAAUUAAGUUUGAUCUGAAGAUGAUAGUUCCUAUGCCUUGGAUCAAGAGCUUCUCACUGGUAUUAAGGUACUCAGUCUUGAAGAGCCUUCCACAAAGCUGUAGCACAUUAGCUAGGGAAUGAGCCCUUAAUUCAAGGAAUUGGAACCACUCUUCCCUGUCUCUCAAACCUGAUUGGCUUUCAUUCACCAGUCACUAUGAUCCCCUAUGGUACAUAUAAUAAAAAUUGGCACAUCAGCUUAUACACUUUUGUAAAGUUUUACUGUAUAUAGAAGGCUAGCUGUGAUAUAUUUAAACACCAACAAACACAUGGUGGUGUUAUAUUUCAGUGGCUACCUAUAGUAUAUUUGCAGCAAUACUUUUAGACAAGUGGUACUGAUCAAGACAUUAAGGAAAAGUAGAACUGAAGACAUAUAUUAAUAUUUUGAUUUGUGUAUACAUGUCUUUUUACCUACACCAUACCAGUAGUCUUGUCAGCUGCUGGUUGUGUCAUAAUGGCAGUGCCGCCACCACCACAGUUAUAUAAAUGUACUGUAUAUCAAAGCCUCUUCAUGCUUAGACACAUUGACAUUAAAAAUGGAAUGAAUUAUUCAUUUAACAGCUGCAGGUUCCUUAUUACCUUGGAACAGUGUGCUAAUUGCAUCUAUAUUGCUUGUGCUGGUGAUGCUUUUUGCAAAGUACUAAACUAUGUGGGUCCUUCAGUGCAAAAUAUUUUGUGAACUUCAGCUCAGUUACUGACCAAUUUGAUUUUGCCAUUAUUACUAAAAAUUCCUGAAAGCAUAGAAUAUUUACCUUUGAUGUAGGAUUUUUUCUUUUAAACAAUUGGCCCCGUGAUCCCACUUCCUGUCUCCCCUUUGCAAAUCAGAUUUUACUGCAAAAGAAUGGGUAGUGCAAGCUUGUAAACUAUACCUAUCUGGUUGACAGGACCUGAGUUGCUUAGUAGUACAAUAUGCUCUCAUGGUUCACCAAUGGCAACUAGUUUAGAAAUGGUAAACUAGGUAGAGUGGGGAGCCUGGAUUUUAGCACUAAACAGCCCUACUGUUUGACAGGCAGUGCUUAUUUUAAGAUCCAUUUUUUCGUACUUUACAAGGUAAGUAUUCUUUGACAUUGACAAAAUAUGUAUUAGAAAGUUUUGUGAAACUCCAACCCAACCAAUUUUCAAAACUUGUGCAGCUCAUUUUACGGUACAGUGAUAUAAAGUUUAGUUGACUUAAAUUGGCAAUAUUGAUGAUUCCAUGUACUUGAAAAGGUAUCUUUACAUAGAGGUUAAACAAUUUUUUACAAAUAUAUUUGACUUGCUGUUCAGUAAGAAAAUUUUCUAGUAUUAUAAUUAUAUAAAUGACAAUAUAGGAAAUAUUUGUGCAUUAUAUUUUUCAAUGUGAAAAAAUGAGUCUUACUUCCAUGUACAGAAUAAAAGAAAUAAUUACAAAAAUUUCUCUCAUUCUGCAUGAAAUAGCUGCACUUGUACAAGAAGAGUCAGAAUUCAACUGAUGUGACUGUAGGCACCUCCCAUAUAUAUGUAAGAGUACUCACAAAAAUGAGAAGUUCUCAGAUCUCUGAGUUGCUUGAGAAACUCAAAGAUUCCCUAAGAAACAGUUUUUCUUUACUUAAACCAAAGGUAUAUGCAGUCUCUAAUUCUAAAACUGUAAAAUAGUCUAUCUGAGCAGCAUUUUCCAAAACCUAAUGAAGAUAACACUUUACAAUACUGUAUAAGUUUGUAUUGCAUGUAGUAUGUACAGAAUUAUUGUUUUUCAAUUUUAGUUAUUAUUUAAAAGAUAUGCAUAUGAUUUAUACAUGAAUUUUUCUUUUUACAUUAACAUUUUCUCACCAAUAUAGUGAUUACAAAGUGUUGGUAUCAGUCAUGACAUUAAUAUAAUCUGGUUAAUGUCUUUUUACUCUUCCACUGUAUAUAUAUAAUAUAUUUUUUAUAGGCAGUGAAUAAGUCUGUUUACGGCUUAAAAGAGUAAAUACAGUGGACCCCCGCCUUACGAUGGCAUCGCGUUACGUUAAAUCCGCCAUACGAUACAUUUGAAUGCAAAAAUUUUGCCUCGCCUCACGCGAUUCGUCUGGGACGUGUCCCAUGUGUGGCCUCAGCACAAGUGUUUACAAGCCAGCCAGUGCUGUCGCAUACAUUCGGUACAUUUCACCUUAUCCCAGUGUUUUUUGUGCUUGUAACUGCAAAAUAAGUCACCAUGGGCCCCAAUAAAGCUUCUAGUGCCAACCCUGUGGUAAAAAGGGUGAGAAUUAGUAUGGAAAUAAAGAAAGAUUUUGAAGGGUUUGGGGCUAACCCUGAGAAGCCUAUGCCAGUUGUGCCUACUUCAAAGAUUAAGGAAAUGUGUGGAAAGUGGGUUGAACUGCAAACCUUUAUAGAUGAAAAUCACCCUAACACAGCUAUUGCAAGCCAUGCUGGUGACUAUUACAGUGACAACGUUGUGGCCCAUUUUAGGCAAAUCUUAAUGGAACGGGAAUUACAGAGGUCCAGUGACUCUCAAGCUGGUCCUAGUAGCAUUAAAAGAAGAAGGGAAGUAACCCCGGAAAAGGACUUGAUACCUCAAGUCCUAAUGGAGGGGGAUUCCCCUUCUAAACAAUAACAACUUUCACACACUCCCAUCCCAUCAAUCAUCACCAGAUCUUCAAUAAAGGUAAGUGUUACGUAUUCUAUUCUUAGUGGAGUAUUAAUUGUGCAAGUCUUCUUAAGUUUGUGUAUUAAAAUUAAUAUUUCAUGUGGUAAUUUUUUUUUUUUUUUCAAACUUUUGGGUGUCUUGCACGGAUUAAUUUGAUUUCUUAUUGGGAAAAUUAAUUCGCCUUACGAUGAGCUCUCAGGAAUGGAUUAAUAUUGUAAGGCGGGGGUCCACUGUAUACUAAUAUAGAAGUUUCUUGUAUACCCUAAUGCAAAUUUAACAUGAAUUGUGAAUGUGAAGAACUGUACCCAGUGGACAUGAAGAUCAAUAGGAGAGUUGUAUUUUCAGCCAGGAUGGCAUCAGCAAAUUUAAGACAUUUAAAAAGAUUUGCUCUUUCUUAUACUACAGGAGGCCCCCCCCCCUCUCCACAUUUUCAUUAGCUUUCAAUUGAGCCAUGGUCAUUAAAUCAGCAUUUUGCAAUAUUGUACCUAUUUACUACUAAUCCUUUAGUAUGGGGACAUAUUAGGUCAUAGAAUAUCACAUUGUGUUAUGACAGACGAGCCCACACUUAUUUCUAAUGCUGCCAGCACCAUAACUUGUGAUGUUCCAAAUCUUAAUGUCACACUUAUGACCUUACCACUUUGGAACGAACUGAUGACUCUACUUAACACUGAUAUGUAAUAAUAUUGAUAGAAAAUAUUCAGACAAAUCAUUUUAAAUAUUUAUUUUAUCAAAUUCACUAAUGCUUUAUGUAUGUAUAGGGAACUUGCAUUUGUUUGGUCAAGAAUCGUAGAUUUAAUGUUUGCGGUUUUUGAGGUUGAAUUCUUUUCUCGAGUUUUACCAAAUGCAGUCAUGCUCAUGCAUGUGUAUAAAAAGUUCACAUGUGGUAGAGGCUGGUCAAGACCCAUAGAUUUAUUGUGGCUGUAUUAUAGUAUAAAUAUAUUUUUUUACUGUAUGUUUGGAGAUUGUCUUAUUCGUAGAGAUUGGUUAAGAAUUAAAUAAUUACAAUGGUUGGUUCUGUGAUAAAAGCCUAGCUGUUCCCAUGUAGUAGACAUGUUCAGUGGGUGAGGUUCAACUCCUAUGUAACAUGUUGGAUGCCCAAGCCCUUCGCACAAUUAUGCUUGCUACUACUAUUCCACCCUUUUAUUCUCUUCCUACUGAAUCCCUCCCCAUCCAGCUGCUGCUCAUGUACUCUUUUGUUUUAAGUAACUGAUAAUGUUUACAAGCAUCCCUUAUUGUAUACUACAUGUUCCAGGUCCUAGGCAUCUGCUCUAAGUAAGCUUUUCACAAGCCAAUCACACACACAACAGAAUUAUGAAUAGAAAAAGGACAUUUAAUUAUAGCAAAUUCACUUAGAGAAGGUAACUUAUAUUUCUAAGUGAAAAGAGCAGGACUGAAUAUUAUUAAUUAUAACUUAGGAAUGUACCUUUAUCAUAACACUUAAGAUUGUUAGAAAUACAUUAACUUAUACUGGGGCCCUACUGCAGUAAUCAUCCAUUUUAUAAGCAUAAUCUGUAAAAUAAAAACAUUAAGGGUGCAAUAAAACUUUGGAUAACUUUUA